CUCACACUGAAUCAUUCCCGAUUACUCCAAAGAUAGUGGUCGCUUUCGAUAACAAAUUCAAAACCCCCUGUUUGACACGAUCGCAAGAGUGCUAGCUUCAGGAAAACGGAUCAGCUUGCUUUGCACAUAAAAGAAAAGACAAAAUGCGUGUGAUAAGGGUUAAAUCCUUGCAACACAUAUCGAUUAGAUAAAAUUUCGCAAGCGAGUAACCGUGUCGAUGCAGCUGUCUACGGCAGUGGACGGAAUUGUCGUUACUCGCUAGCGUGAGGUUAAAUAGGAAACAAUCGUCAUGGCACUGAUGCUUCCAUUGUUCAGUCCGGAGAUUCCUUGCCUCGGUGCCAUCCUCGGUGGUUUGCCGCCGGGAAAGAAACUCAUCAUACAAGGCACACUGACGGGCGACAGAUUUAACGUCAAUCUUCAGUACGGACCGGAAGUUGAUCCGCGAGAUGAUACGGCGCUGCACCUAAGCAUUCGACCGGGCGAGCGAAGGGUGGUACGAAACACGUACGUCAACCAGUGCUGGCAGGAUGAGGAACGUUCUGGCGGGUGUCCCAUCGGUGUCGGUGACCCUUUCACGCUGGAAAUUCGGGUGAAGGAAACGCACUAUUCGAUACGAUUCAAUGACGAUAAGUAUUGCUCCUUCAGCCACCGGAUGCCGUGCGAGAUGGUUAACUUUGUGCAUCUGGGCACUGGCGCUAGCGUCGAUUCGGUGUUGGAAACGUUUUAGUCUACAGUAAGUGAGCAGUAAUCGGGUAGUAACAAAAGUCACUAGUUGUAUAAAGACUUGUUGUAUAAGUGGCAGUUACGUCUUCGAGGCCGACAAGCUGAGCUGUCUGCUCCGGUGAUAAGAAUUAUCCAGUUCGGGUUAUCGUGUAAAAGAUAGGACGCACAACAGCAUACAACUUCGUUUGUGUAUAUAUUGACGCAAAUGCUUGAAAAAGUGUUACAAACCGUCGUUUACAAGAA